AUGCAGAAUUCCGAGAGUGGAUCGGAUUCACCAGCUUCCGUGGCUCUGCGUCCGUCGGCGGCAGCCCAGCCUGUGCCCGCCUCCCCGCAGAGGGUGUUGGUCCAGGCAGCGGGCUCCACUACCAAAGGAGCUCAGAUGCAGCCAAUCUCCCUCCCUAGAGUUCAACAGGUGCCACAGCAGGUACAGCCUGUGCAGCACGUGUACCCCGCCCAGGUGCAGUAUGUGGAAGGGGGAGACGCUGUCUAUACCAAUGGAGCCAUACGCACGGCCUAUGCCUACAACCCCGAGCCUCAGAUGUACUCCCCCAGCAGCGCAGCUUCCUACUUCGAGUCCCCAGGUGGUGCCCAGGUGACCGUGGCAGCCUCGUCCCCACCAGCGGUGCCCUCCCACAGUAUGGUGGGCAUUGCCAUGGAUGUUGGAGGGAACCCCAUCGUCUCCAGCGCAGGAGCCUAUCUCCUCCACGGGGGGAUGGAUGGCUCGAGGCACUCCCUGGCCCACACGUCCCGCUCUUCACCAGCCACGCUUGAAAUGGCGAUUGAAAACCUCCAAAAAAGCGAAGGAAUCACAUCACACAAAAGCGGUUUACUCAACAGCCAUCUCCAGUGGCUGUUAGAUAAUUAUGAAACUGCCGAAGGCGUGAGUCUACCCCGAAGCUCCCUUUACAACCAUUACCUGCGGCACUGCCAGGAACACAAGCUCGACCCCGUGAAUGCUGCUUCCUUUGGGAAACUGAUCCGGUCUGUGUUUAUGGGCCUGAGGACGCGGAGGCUGGGAACCAGGGGCAACUCCAAGUACCAUUACUAUGGGAUCCGGCUGAAGCCAGACUCCCCCCUGAACCGGCUGCAGGAGGACGCGCAGUACAUGGCUAUGCGGCAGCAGCCCAUGCACCAGAAGCCCAGGUACCGGCCAGCCCAGAAGACAGACAGCCUUGGGGACAGCAGCUCCCACAGCAGCCUGCACAGCACGCCCGAGCAGGCCAUGGUUGCGCAGAGCCAGCACCACCAGCAGUACAUAGACGUCUCCCACGUCUUCCCGGAGUUCCCGGCGCCUGACCUGGGCAGCGUCCUGCUGCAGGACAGUGUCACUCUGCACGACGUCAAAGCCCUUCAGCUGGUGUACAGGCGGCACUGCGAGGCCACUUUAGACGUUGUAAUGAACCUCCAGUUUCACUACAUCGAAAAGCUGUGGCUCUCCUUCUGGAACUCUAAAGCCUCCUCCAGUGACAGCCCCACCUCUCUACCUGCCAGUGAUGAAGAGCCCGAAGGUGCCACCCUCCCCAAGGACAAGCUCAUCUCUCUGUGUAAAUCUGACCCCAUCCUCAAGUGGAUGAGGAACUGCGACCACAUCCUCUACCAGGCGCUGGUGGAGAUCCUCAUCCCCGACGUGCUGCGGCCGGUCCCCAGUACCCUGACCCAGGCGAUCCGUAACUUUGCCAAGAGCUUGGAAGGCUGGCUGACCAAUGCCAUGAGUGACUUCCCGCCACAGGCCAUCCAGACCAAGGUUGGCGUCGUCAGUGCCUUUGCCCAGACUCUGCGGAGAUACACGUCCCUCAAUCACCUCGCUCAGGCAGCCCGGGCGGUGCUUCAGAACACGUCCCAGAUCAACCAGAUGCUCAGCGACCUCAACCGCGUGGACUUUGCCAACGUGCAGGAGCAGGCCUCGUGGGUGUGCCAGUGCGAGGAGAGCGUGGUACAGCGGCUGGAGCAGGAUUUCAAGAUGACCCUGCAGCAGCAGAGCUCCCUGGACCAGUGGGCCAGCUGGCUGAACAAUGUGGUCACCCAGGUCCUGAAGCAGCAUGCAGGCAGCCCCAGCUUCCCCAAGGCCGCCCGACAGUUCCUACUGAAGUGGUCCUUCUACAGCUCCAUGGUGAUCCGGGACCUGACCCUGCGCAGUGCUGCCAGCUUCGGUUCCUUCCACCUCAUCCGCCUGCUCUAUGAUGAGUACAUGUUCUACCUGGUCGAGCACCGUGUCGCCGAGGCAACUGGAGAGACGCCAAUCGCUGUCAUGGGAGAGUUCAACGAUCUCGCCUCCCUGUCACUGACGCUGCUUGACAAAGAUGACAUCAGUGACGAGCGUGGCAGCGAGGCCGAGGCAGAUGCCCGCAGCCAGGGCGAGCCUCUCGUGAAGCGUGAGCGCAGCGACCCCAACCACCCCCUGCAGGGCAUCUAGCACCUGGUGCCUUCCACGAGGUUCCCGAGGAUGCCGCCCGGCCACUCGGGGAGCCUGGACUCCAUCAGCUCUGCCGCAUUAGUGCCUCUUAGAUGAUGGAAUAUUUACUGAGACUCAGGGGGACUCCUGGGGUCAGUGUGCCCUUCCAGGAUGACAUGCUGUUCAAGAAGAAAAAUGAUUGUUAAUAUCGAAGAAGUUCACAUCGGGGGCUGUGUUCUGGGUGUCCUGAGUGCUACACCAGGACACCUGUCCCUUACACAGAACAAACCCUUCUCUGCUGGAAUUGUGAACUCUGGCCCAAGUCCCUUUAAGAGCUGAGAGUUGCUACCUUCCACAGUUUUCUUCUCCAUUCAGCUGGUACCAAUUUUCAUGAUGAUUUUAAAAAAGGAAAAAUCAGAGAGCAGAAGGAAGGGACAGCCUCUCCCCACCUGUUCUGCCGCUGUUGGGCAGGUGUGGAGUUUGUGGCAUCCAUAGGGGUCCCCUCAGGAACGGAUAGCAGGGCGCCCUCGCCCUGUUACCUCUGUGGUCUCAGCACUGUGCCUCGUGGCCUUUCGUGGACUGACUGUCCUCAGCUUCCUGCAGGCUGUCCCUCUGGAGCCUGAGUUCCAGAUGCCAAAGGAGUCUCUGAAGCAGCUGCCAGUCACUCUGUCCCUGGACAGAUCCGCAGCCCGAAAAAGAACAAGCCACAGAAACAGGCCCACUCCUGCCAAGACACAGUAGUGUCUUUUAAAAAAUCAAAACCAGACGUUUUAUCAACAACGUGAAGGAUUUGAGGUUCUGUCCAAGUUCACAGUCAACAUCAAGCCAAACCACUGGCUCUGGGAUAAGUUUAUUCAAGGGGACCAGGGCAGUCAGUGUUACAGCCGCUCCUUGGGAGGGCAGCCAUCCCUCCACAUCUGUGUACAAACAGCAGUGCCUGCGUCUCACUCCCUGGAGUCUUCCAGAACAACUCCCUCUGAAUUAGCAAUCCUGGAGCACUCUGACCCCCAGCUAGUCCCAUCUUGACCUCUUCAAAGUCAGAACUCUUCUCUGGGGGCAAGCGCAUACCACGCAGCCCUGUACUUCUGACGCUCUGAAUUUGUAUCCAUCGAACCACAUAGCCAUUUCACUUGGUUAGCUAUGUGCGAGAGUUCUGUCCCCAAACCAGCUGCAAAGAAGAAAAGCCUCUGGUCUAGGAAGUGCCGUCUAACAAAAUGCAAUAGUUUCUCUUUUUGGAAAUAUGUGUAUACCAAUAGUUUUGUGCUCUAAUUGUUAUUAGAACGUUUCUUAUGAAUGUGUAUAUUGCAGAA